AGAGUUUAUGUCAAGUUUGACGAGCUCUGUAAGAGCAGCUGAUGUGCCUUCAAUGCUAUUAGAAUGGAUUUAUACGAGGAAUUAGUCGCUGCUAUCCUUUUCAUAUUAGUUGUUGUCUUAGUUAUCGCUAUUUUCCGAAAAUUAUUGGAAGUUCGAAAGCGAAAGUCCAUUAACGAUGCGGCUUCAUUGAAGUCUGGCCAUUUUUGGACGCGUGUGGACUUUGCUGAUCGAGGGUUUUUCUGUGCCUCUUGUAAAAAGCAUCUUGUUUCUGGCUAUGAAUGUGAUUACUGUACCCUAAAAGUUGAUGAGGUUGGCUGUGCUCGCAGCAUAGGCGAAAAGAUUUCAUGUAAAGUUUUGCAAAAACCGGAUGAUGAUGGGCACUAUAAGCAUCAGUGGAUCCCAGGAAAUAUUGAUUCGGAUCAGUUUUGUUUCAUGUGUGAUGAACUCUGCGGUGGUGGCGUUAGUUUGCGCGACUUUUCAUGUUGUUUAUGCUGGCGAGUGAUACAUUCAGCUUGUUUGAAAAAGCUUGCUAGUGAUUACUGCGAUUUCGGUGCAUAUCGGUAUUUUACUUUUCCUCCAGAUAACGUCUACAUCAAACGUGUUGCAAAAAGAACGGUGAUUGACGAAGUAGUUCUACCUGAGCAAACCGAUUUCAAGCCUAUAAUUGCAUUGGUCAAUACCAUUUGUGGUUCUUGUACAGGAAAGAUAGUGUACAGAACUUUCCUUCGUCACCUUCAUCCGAAACAGGUUAUUGAUGUACAAAAGGACAAUAUCAAAGCAGCACUGCAGUGGAUAGAAAACUCGGAGGCAAAUGUGCGCUUGGUUGUUGCUGGAGGCGAUGGUACCAUCUCUAUUGUACUCGAGACAUUGGAGGAGUUCCAGAAAAAGGCACCGAUGGCUGUUUUACCGCUCGGAACCGGUAACGACUUGUCCCGGGUCCUCGGGUGGGGUAGCGGAACGGAUGGAGAUUUGGACAUGCUUCAAUAUCUCAGCGACGUUCACGCUGCCGAUGUACAAAUGGUGGACCGCUGGAAAAUCACAAUCAAGUCUAAAAACCAGUUUGGAAGAAGGACAGUGAUCAAGAAUAUGAAGAUGAGUAAUUAUGUUUCUAUCGGAGUCGACGCCAGUGUUACUCUGGGUAUGCAAAAAACCAGGAAAUCUAUACCAAGGGCAUUAAGUAGCAGACUGCUCAAUAAGCUUCUAUUCUUUUCUUUUGGUACCAAGGAUGUGUUCGCUCGUACUUGUAAAGGUCUCAAUAAUAACAUCUCUCUCUAUCUAGAUGAUCAGUUAGUUGAACUCCCAGAAAUAGAAGGCAUUGUAUUCUUGAACAUACAGUGCUGGGGUGCAGGUGUCCAGCCUUGGAAAUAUGCGGAUGAAGAUCGACCUCAAAAAGUUGAUGACGGAGUUUUUGAAGUUUUUGCGGUGACAUCAUCAUUUCAUAUUGCUCAAAUGCAGGUUGGUCUAGCCUCUCCGCUUUUCAUCGGCCAAGCCCGAAAAGCUGUUGUUGUGACAAGGAAUGGAUCUAAGCUCCCUAUGCAGUGUGAUGGCGAAGCUUGGAUGCAGACGAGAUGCGAAUUUUAUCUCUCGCAUCAUGGGCAAAGCCAUAUGUUGAAGAGACUGGAGUCGCCAACGCAGAACAAGUUUUUCUGAUAAAUUACUCUAAACCUUUUUCUUUUUUGCGUAAUUUAGCAUAAUAGAUAACCAGUAUAAUCAUGUAUAUAGUUUUUUGUUCGCUCAGCUUCUCAAAGAGAUCUUUUUUAUGCUAUCAAUGUCCAGAUAUCACAUUAAUAGUUUUAGCAAAUGGAAUAUUACGAGUAUGAUCACUUGACGCUAUGACUCACUCAAUGUUUGUUUUGUUCUAUGAAUGUAUGAAACAAUUUUCUUAGUGAAUCUUUUGC